UAUAAAUCAUAUAUAUAUAUUUUAUAUCAAAUUAAAGUCAUCGUAUGCCAAAAAAAAAAAAUUCUUUUUUUUACUUUAAAAGUUUUCACGUGACUUGAUUUCCUGCAUGUAAAAUUUUCCAAAAAUCAUCCACCGAAAAAGGUUUUGUUUGUGUAAUCACAGUAAACAAGAGGUGGAGGAAAGCUUUAUAUGAAAUAGAGUCAAAUGAUUCAUUAGAUCGAAUCAUAUAGAAUCAAUUAUAGCAUAGUAACAGGGUCGUGUAAUGGUAGAUAGGAAACGGGUAGCCACCAUAAAGUCUGAUGAUGAGGAUGAUGAUGAUGUUCCAUUAAAUAAGAAAGUCAAAGUUGAAGUGAAGGACGAGGACGAGGACGAGGAGGAUGAAGAUGAAGAUAGUAAUGAUGAAUCAGAUGAUGAUGAACAUAAGAAUGGAACCAAGAAAGAGGUGAAAGAUGAUGAGGAUGAAGAGGAAGAAGAAGAAGAGGAGGAGGAGGAGGAGGAUGAAGGUGAUGAUGAAGCAGAAGAAGAACGAAAACGAAUAACAACCUUUAAUUUUGAUGGAAUUAUAUAUUCAUUUAAAGAAAGACCCUCAGUAAUAGAAGAAAGAGAAGGUAAAAUAGAAUUUCGAGUGGUUAAUAAUGAUAAUACCAGAGAAAGCUCCAUGGUUUUAACUGGUUUAAAAAACAUUUUCCAAAAACAAUUACCCAAAAUGCCUCGUGAAUAUAUUGCCAGAUUAGUAUAUGAUAGAUCACAUUUAUCCAUGGCAGUAGUACGUAAACCAUUAACGGUAGUAGGAGGUAUUACUUAUCGUCCCUUUGGGAAUCGAGAAUUUGCUGAAAUUGUGUUUUGUGCUAUAUCAUCUACCGAACAAGUUAGAGGUUAUGGUGCUCAUUUAAUGAAUCAUUUAAAAGAUUAUGUUCGAGCUACAUCACCAAUUAAAUAUUUCUUAACUUAUGCUGAUAAUUAUGCUAUUGGAUAUUUCAAAAAACAAGGUUUUACUAAAGAAAUCACUCUUGAUAAAUCAGUUUGGAUGGGAUAUAUUAAAGAUUAUGAAGGUGGUACGUUAAUGCAAUGUUCAAUGUUACCAGGAAUAUUAAGAUAUUUAGAUCUGGGGAAAAUAUUAUUAUUACAAAAGGCUGCAAUAGAGAAGAAAAUUAAAUUACGAUCAAAAUCGCAUGUUAUAAGACCAGGUUUACAAGUAUUUAAAACGAAUAAAAAUGUUACAUUAGAUCCCAAGGAUAUCCCUGGAUUAAGUGAAAGUGGAUGGCUGGAUGAAAUGGAUAAAUUAGCUCAAAAACCAAAACGAGGGCCUCAUUAUAAUUUCAUGACUUCAUUAUAUGCUGAAAUGGCCAAUCAUCCAUCAGCCUGGCCAUUUGCCGUACCAGUUAAUAAAGAAGAAGUUCAAGAUUAUUAUGAAGUGAUUAAAGAACCUAUGGAUUUAUCUACCAUGGAACAAAAACUUGAAAAUGAUAAAUAUGAUUCGUUUGAUCAAUUCUUGUAUGAUUGUCGUCUUAUCUUUAAUAAUUGUCGUGCUUAUAAUGGCGAGACCACUACAUAUUAUAAGAAUGCCACUAAAUUGGAGAAGUUUUUAAAUAAUAAAAUCAAAGAUAGUGCUGAGUAUUCUCAUCAUCUUGAAUAGAGAGAGAGAGAUAAGUGAUACCAAAUGAUUUUAAAAUAUUUAUGUGUAUAUAGAAAUGUACAAUUAAUAAUAAAAAUAAGUCGAUUAAUAAUUUAAAAUUGCUGUCAAGCCCAAAAAAAAAAAAAAAAAAAAAAA